CCUCUCUCCUUCCUCCUUUAUCAUUUCUCCCUCCUUCCUUCCCUCCCCCUCUCUCUCUACAGUUUCUAGAGAGAGAAACAGAUACAGAGAGAGCGCAUUCCAAUGGAGUCGGACGAGGGAAAGCUGUUCAUAGGCGGAAUAGCAUGGGACACCACCGAAGAAAAUCUCAGGGACUACUUCGGCCAGUACGGCGAGGUCACCCAAACCGUAAUCAUGCGCGACAAGACCACCGGAAGACCUAGGGGUUUCGGCUUCGUAGUGUUCUCCGAUCCUUCUGUGCUCGAUACGGUCCUCAACGACAAGCACACAAUCGAUGGCCGAACGGUGGAGGCGAAAAGAGCUUUGUCAAGAGAAGAACAGCAAACUUCCUCCAAAACGGGAAAUUUUUCUUCCAGUAGAGGCUCUGGAGGGGGAGGAAACUUUAAGACCAAAAAAAUAUUUGUUGGAGGGUUGCCUUCCUCACUGACUGAAGAUGGAUUUCGUCAGUUUUUUGAAAGUUUUGGCAAUGUAACCGAUGUAGUUAUAAUGUAUGAUCAGAGUACUCAACGGCCUCGUGGUUUUGGUUUCAUAACAUUUGAUAGUGAAGAUGCGGUUGAUAGAGUACUUUAUAAGAACUUCCAUGAGCUGAAUGGAAAGGCUGUAGAGGUGAAACGAGCCCUUCCUAAAGAUGCAAAUCCUGGUGGAGGGGGCCGUGGUGGGGGCUACCAAGGUUAUUCUGGUGCUAGUACAAAUACAUUUGACAGUCGAGUAGAUGGCAACAGAUACAUGCAGCCGCAAGCUACUGGUGGUGCUUUCCCUCCAUAUUCAGGCUAUGGUGUACCUGGUUAUGGUUAUGGAACAGCUAAUACUGCAGUUGGUUAUGGGGGUUAUGGAGGUUAUGGUGUUGGUGGUUAUGGAAGUUCCAGUACUGGCUUUGGCGGUCCUGGGGGGUCCUAUGGAAACCCAAAUGCCCCUAAUGCUGGCUAUGUUAGUGGGGCACCAAGCGCAAUAAAAAAUAACUGGGGCAGUCAAACUCCCACCGGUUAUGGUGCUUCUGGCUAUGGAACUACAGCUCCUUGGGGUGCUCCAGGUGGUGGCGCUGCUGCUGCUUCAGCUCCUAGAGGUCAAUCACCAAGUGGGACUUCUGGGUAUGGGAAUCCAGGUUACGGGUAUAAUAAUUAUGGUGGAAGUUAUGGUCCUUAUUCUGGUGCAUACGGUGGUUCAGGUGGACGUGCCCCAAAUAGCAAUGUCAGUGGCGGUGCUGCAGGAGAUCAACAAGGAACUGGUGGUGGUUAUACAGGAAGUGGCUACGGUGACAACAAUGGUAGCUCAGGGUAUUCUAAUGCAGGAUGGAGAUCUGACCCUUCACAGGCUGCUAGUGGAUACGGUGGUUCUCAGUCCAGGCAGGUUUAGUAGCUGCGAUCAAAAGGUUUUGGUUCGUAUUGGAGUAAACCUAAUGCAGGCAAUCUUUUCCCUUUGCUAUUGAUCGCAUGAUUGGCGAUAGACCUGUUGGAUUACUUGAUUCUGAGUGGUAGUUGUCCCUUGUAGUUUCUGCUAGUAUAUUUUGACUAGUAUUUAUUUUAGUAGAAAUAUUUGCAAAAAUUUGUUUCAAAGUAGCCGCAUUUAUCUUCAGAUUGUUGCUCAGAGUUGUGUGUUUCUUUAUACUAAUUUUGGAUCCCUCAUUUCCCCACCCCUCCCCCACCUUUUAUUUUUUAAUAUGUAAUGUUAGAGCGAGAUGGCUUAUAAUCGAACUACUUUUUGCAUUGC